GAUCCACACUCUUCUCCCGCGCCUCUCCCGCCAGGUUUGCCCGCUGUGGUAAACCCAGUCUCCCAGCUCCGCUUCCCGCCACGCCCCGCAUCCCGCAGGCCAGCAGCCACACGACCCCGCUGCCAUCCCCCAGGCGGCGCGGCUCGCCUCGCCCCGCCCCGUUCCUCCUCGCCACGCCCACAAGGCUCCGCCCCGAGUCGCCCUGCGCCGCCAAGCGGUUCCCGCCCUCACCCAGCGCCCAGGUAGCUGCGAGGAAACUUUUGCAGCGGUUGGGUAGCGGCUUGUUUCUUGCUCUGCAAGACCACUGCCAGACUUACUAAGUCCCGGCACCGCUCCAUCUCUUACUGCUACUCUCUCGUGCUCUCCUCGCUCCCCCGAGAAGCAGGAUGGCCGGGACCGUGCGCACCGCGUGCUUGCUGGUGGCGAUGCUGAUCGGCUUGGACUGCCUGGGACAGGCGCAGCCCCCGCCGCCUCCAGACGCCACCUGUCACCAGGUCCGCUCUUUCUUCCAGAGACUGCAGCCCGGACUCAAAUGGGUCCCGGAAACCCCUGUGCCAGGAUCAGAUUUGCAAGUAUGUCUCCCCAAGGGCCCAACAUGCUGCUCAAGAAAGAUGGAAGAAAAAUACCAACUUACAGCACGGCUGAACAUGGAACAGCUGCUCCAGUCUGCGAGUAUGGAGCUCAAGUUCUUAAUUAUUCAGAAUGCUGCGAUUUUCCAAGAGGCCUUUGAAAUUGUUGUUCGUCAUGCCAAGAACUACACCAACGCCAUGUUCAAGAACAACUACCCCAGCCUGACUCCACAAGCUUUUGAUUUUGUGGGUGAAUUUUUUACUGAUGUGUCUCUCUACAUUUUGGGUUCUGAUAUCAACGUGGAUGAUAUGGUCAAUGAAUUGUUCGACAGCCUCUUUCCAGUCAUCUACACCCAGAUGAUGAACCCAGGGCUGCCCGAGUCAGUAUUGGACAUCAACGAGUGCCUCCGAGGAGCAAGGCGUGACCUGAAAGUAUUCGGCAGUUUCCCCAAGCUUAUUAUGACCCAGGUUUCUAAGUCACUGCAAGUCACCAGAAUCUUCCUUCAAGCCCUGAAUCUCGGCAUUGAAGUCAUCAACACCACCGAUCACCUCAAGUUCAGUAAGGACUGUGGGCGCAUGCUCACCAGAAUGUGGUACUGCUCUUACUGCCAGGGACUGAUGAUGGUUAAGCCUUGUGGCGGUUACUGCAACGUGGUCAUGCAAGGCUGUAUGGCAGGUGUGGUGGAGAUCGACAAGUACUGGAGAGAAUACAUUCUGUCUCUUGAGGAACUCGUGAACGGCAUGUACAGAAUCUACGACAUGGAGAACGUGCUGCUCGGACUCUUUUCCACGAUCCAUGAUUCCAUCCAGUAUGUGCAGAAGAAUGGAGGCAAGCUGACCACCACUAUCGGCAAGUUGUGUGCCCACUCCCAGCAACGCCAAUAUAGAUCUGCUUAUUACCCUGAAGAUCUGUUCAUUGACAAGAAGGUAUUAAAAGUUGCUCAUGUAGAAUAUGAAGAAACCUUAUCCAGCCGCAGAAGGGAACUGGUCCAGAAGCUGAAGACUUUCAUCAACUUCUACAGUGCUUUGCCUGGCUACGUCUGCAGCCACAGCCCCGUCGCUGAAAAUGAUAGCCUGUGCUGGAACGGACAAGAGCUUGUGGAGAGAUACAGCCAGAAGGCGGCCAGGAAUGGGAUGAAGAAUCAGUUUAACCUCCAUGAGCUGAAACUGAAGGGGCCUGAGCCGGUGGUUAGUCAGAUCAUUGACAAACUGAAGCACAUUAACCAGCUCCUGAGAACCAUGUCUGUGCCCAAGGGCAAAGUUCUGGAUAAGAACCUGGAUGAGGAAGGACUUGAGAGUGGGGAUUGUGGUGACGAUGAAGACGAGUGCAUUGGGAGCUCUGGGGACGGAAUGAUGAAAGUGAAGAACCAACUGCGCUUCCUUGCAGAGCUGGCGUAUGAUCUGGAUGUGGACGAUACUCCAGGGAACAAGGACCAUGUAGAUCAGAAGGACAACGAGAUUAUCACCUCUCACAGCGUGGGGAAUAUGCUGUCCCCACUGAAAAUCCUGAUCAGCGUGGCCGUUUACGCGGCAUCGUUUUUUUUCCUGGUGCACUGACUUGCCAGUUGCCCAGUGCCUGUGCUGCCCUGCUGCAGCACCCUGUGGUCCUCCUAUAUAAAGGGAGCCACCUUCUUUUUUUUUCUAUUUUUUUUUGUCUUCUGUGCCUCCUCCUGCCAUUAAGUAGGAGAUUGACCAUGUGUUACGUUUUCGAAAAUCAAAUGGCAUCUUUAUGAGGAAGGUAAAUUUUAGUGGUAGGAUAGACUGUCUUUUUGAAAAGAAAAAAAAAAAACCUUCAAGUUGUGCCAAAUUAUUUUCUUACAUUUGACUGCUAGAACAUGGUUGUCAUGUUUCCCUCUUCUCUCUUUCUCUGCAUGGAUUUCUUUGAAAAAAAAAUAAAUAAACGUUCAAAUAAAA